AUGGCGAAAGUUUUCGAAAAUAUAGACGACGAAUUGUUUAUUAAUGAAAUUAAAGAAAAUGAAUGUAUCUGGAACUACAGCAGUGAAUUGAACAGUGACAAAAUAAAGAAAGAUGGUGCAUGGAGAGCCUUAUGCGAGAAAUUUGAUCCUGAUUUCAACGAUAAAAGUGUAAAGGAAAAAAAUGAUAUUGCAAAAGCUCUUCAAAAGAAGUGGAAAGUGUUAAGAGAUGGCUUUAGACGUUAUGUCAAUAAAACAAAAAAAAUUAAGGGUGGCUCGGGAGCUAUUAAACUACGACAGUAUGUUUACUAUCAUCAGUUGUCAUUCUUGUUGCCAUUGACGGAGGAGAAAGCUGGUACUGCAGAUAGUUUGGAAAAUGAAUCGACUGAAGAUGCAGUUACUGAAGAGAAAAUACCACAGCGUGGUCGUAAGAGGACUAGUACGUCCAAAGAAGACAAUUUAAUUACACAACUGGCGAUAAAUUUGAAUAAAAAAUACAACGAAACUACAUUUGAUGAUAAAACCGAUGAUGACAAAUUAUUUCUUAUGGCUCUACACGGUGACUUUAAAAAAAAUUCUGACGACUACAAAUUAGAUGCUAAGACAGACAUACUGAAAGUUAUAAAAAAAUACGAAGUGUUAUCCUCUGACGUCGAUUUAUAUUCUAAUCAGACCUCAUUACGCUCGCAGUUUAACUAUCACCAGCCCUCAUACUCGCAGUUCAGCCAUCAGUCAUCGUCAUCCUACUAUGAUGAUUUCAGUAGUGGCUACAGUACUGGACCUCCUCAAGCAUCUACCAGUCGACCACUACAAACUGAUAUCACCAUUGGCUACAGCACUGGAGUUCCUCAAGCAUGUACCAGCCGACCAGUACAAACUACGAGACUUGAAGAAACAGAUGUUUUGUCUCCUGCUGAUACUGAAGCAUCGCAGUCGUCGAUACAUAGCAUUUUCUGA